CAAUCUAAUGUUAGACAAUAUGCUGGAUAAUUAUGAUAAGCGUACAGUUGGCGAUCUAUGGAGACAACUGUUCAAUUUGGAUCAUCUGACACAACCGACACCGUUUACAUCCCGGUUCUCCAACUAUCUGAUUGUUACAAUAAGUAUACUAAUCAUCAUAUUGGAUGCACUGUUAGUUUUUCUCGAGGACUAUAUAUUUGUGGCCAAUAUCGGUGCCCUAAUCGGUGUCAUUGUUACCCUACUGUUGACUAUAGUUGUAAUGUUUUGCCUAUCAUUGCAGCCAAAGAUACCGGAGUCGCAAAAUUUUGAAGUACCCUGGAUACCUACCGUACCGUUUCUCAGUGUGUUUGUCAAUGUCUAUCUAAUGUUUAAGCUAACAUCCCAGACAUGGAUCCGAUUUGGCGUAUGGAUGGCUAUAGGUCUAUCUAUAUAUAUAUUUUACGGCAUCCGUAAUAGUAAUGAACGAAAAAAAUCAUUGAUUAAAUCACUGGACAGUCGUCUAUCAGUUAGCAGUGGUAGUGGUGUUAGUAAUGGUUAUACUAAUAAUAAUAAUAAUAAUGUUGUGACGACAGUAGUUCCCACAUAA